CAUCAAUCUAUUCUCAUAUCAUUUCUUUUUCUCCUCUUCUAGUUCCCGUUUUGAAGACAAAAAAAUGGCACAUAACAGCAACCAAUAUGGGAACCCACCUCGCCAAACUGACGAGUAUGGGAACCCACCUCGCAAAACCGACGAAUUUGGUGACCCAGUUCGCCAAAUUGACGAGUACGGAAACCCGGUUCACCAUACUGGUACCAUGGGAGAUUAUGGUACCACUACCGGUACCACAGGCGUUCAUGGCACCCACACUGGCACUACGGGCACUUAUGGCACCGGCACUACUGGCACUUAUGGCACCGGGAUGGGUACCACCGGUACCACUGGUACCCAUGGUUUGAGCACUGGUACCGGAGGCCAUCAUCAGCAGCAUGCUGACGGAGGAGUGCUUCACCGCUCCGGCAGCAGCUCUAGCUCUUCAGAGGAUGAUGGUCAAGGAGGGAGGAGGAAGAAGAAAGGGCUGACACAGAAGAUAAAGGAGAAGCUGCCAGGUGGGCACAAAGACCAGACACCGCAGUACGGCAACACAACCACCACUCCAGGAGCAGCCACCACCGGUGGCUAUGGCUACGGAGGAGAGGACCAACAGCAGUACCCUGAAAAGAAAGGAAUGAUGGAGAAGAUCAAGGAGAAGCUUCCUGGCCACACCACCACUAAUAAAUAAAUACAAUUUUCAUGAUAUAUCAUAUAUGUAAAUUGCUUGUUUGUGGCCAGAGCGCCAGAGUCUACUAGUCUAGUUUAUGAUGUGUGUUUUGUGUGUUGUCAUAAAAGCGUUCUUCUUAUACAGACAAGUAACAAUGUAAUGUGUGUGUCGGUGUCGUCUUUAAUUAUAAUAAGCUCUCGUGCGGGUCUGUGGCUGCGCGUUUGUGCCUUUGCGCAUUUUAUAUUUAUGUUAUGUGCAAUGUAAUGUUAGUUCUUUCAAGUAUUAAUGAUAAAAUUGUAGUGGCCAAUGGCCAUUCUAAUGGUUUUGUGUUCA